CGUCUCCAACCAUGUUGAGGCUUUUCUCAUUCUUUCAUUCUGACUAACUUGCCUUUUUCUGUCUGACUUUCUACUGGAAUUGAGAACUUCUGGAGUGAGACCAACAGAUCUUGCUGCUCCCCUCCUCUUUCCUGCAAUUUAAUCAUUUGCAGAUCUUGCCAUGGGGUGCGGACUGAGAAAGCUGGAAGACCCAGAUGAUAGCAGCCCUGGAAAAAUCUUUUCUACAUUGAAGAGACCACAAGUUGAAACAAAGACAGAUUCUGCUUAUGAAUAUGUAUUGCUGGAUUUUACUUUAGAAGCUUCCUCAAAUCCAGAAGUUAUCAAGAUUAGUUCUGUGUUGGAUAUAGCAUCUAAGGUGGAAGAAUACUACAGCAAAGGAUAUGUUGUGGGAGCUGUUCACCCUAUUAUACUGACAAUGGAACACAGAAGGAAUUUCCCUGCAAGUCACAUGUAUCGAGUGGUACUUUCACGAUUAAAAUUAAGCCAGAAGCAUGUAGCACCCAGAGGACAAAGACACCCCAGGCUGGUGAUUGAGGAAUGUCCUUUAAUGUAUGAAACACUAACAAAUGAGACAGUGAAAGAACUGUUAGAAAAGGUUAAUGAAGCUGCUAAAAGAGGAAAGAAGUUUGUGGGAUUUGUAAUGCAACAUUUUCCUCAACCUAAAGCCUGCAACGGAACAAGCACAGAUGGAAGUGCAGAGCUGGAGUCAACACCGAGCAGAAGAAACAGGGAGCACAGAAGAAAAAAUUCUGAUGAAAACCACAAAAAUUGGAAUGACGGGACAUUGAGUGGUCACUCAUCUGAGAGUGGGAUAGAGGAGGAAAUACAAGGAGAAAGCAACCUGUUACAGGACGCAGAUUUCCAGUUUAGAAGAGAAGUCAGCGCUGUUAAAUCACGGAAAGAAGACGAGUGCACUCCCAUCACAUCUCAUCACAAGCUAUAUACUGUCUUCAAUGUUUUUGAUGAUGAUUCUACCUGCUGGAGCUAUCAUGAAGGUGUUUUGUCUAUGAAAAUCACAAGAAAGGGGCGAGUUAUUAGUACACUGGAAGCAGACUGGCUAGAAUUAACCACGUUUUAUUAUAAGCAAGGAUUGUCCUUAAUUGAUUCUUUUGUACACUGGGAAACUUCUAAAGGGGACUAUUUGCCCAAAUCUUUAGAAGGAUUAUUUAUCUAUGAAGAAGAAGGUACUGGAGUACUAGGUUCUAACAGGAAAGGAAAUGAUACAAUAGUCGUUGAACAAUGGACAGUCAUUGAGGGAUGUGAAAUUAAAACAGAUUAUGGACCUUUAUUGCACACGCUGGCUGAGUUUGGAUGGCUCCUGACCUGUGUCCUGCCUACACCUAUUGUCCGACAUGACAGUGAAGGAAAUCUGGCCACAAAGCAAGUAAUUUUUCUUCAGAGACCUGUUAUGUGGAGUUCUGCUGUCCAGACACCAGAGAGGAAAUCCUUAAGACAAGUUAUUGGGGAGGAGAAAGGCAAAGUCUCUAGCAGAAGUGUUGGAUUAGACACAGCUACUUCUUGCCCUGUAGAAACUGGACAACCGCCUGAUGAAUUUCACCUAUCUCCUUCUAAACAAUGUUGGCUCCAGGAGGGAUCCUCCCAGUAUGGAGGCUUUCCAGGAUUUGGUAGCAGUGAUGGAGUAUUGGGGGAACUGGAUGAUGGACAAUUUGACCAGGAAGAUGGAGUCACUCAGGUCACAUGUAUGUGAUAAAGUAAGUAGCUGCAUCAGAUGGACACGUACAUAAUUCACACACAAUAGUAUUAUUUUAAAGGCAUUGAUAUAAUCCUAUGACUUUUUCCAGCCUAAUUUUGUAUUGUCUCUUUUGUUGUGUUAAUCCCACUGUAGUAAUAACACCACUGCAGUAAUAAUACUACUGCAAAAUGUGGUUGUCUGUCUCUCUUAAAUAGAAUAAAUACAUGACUGCAUGUUCUGCUAACUUGUUAAUGCUUUUGACAAGAAAGCAAAUGCUUUAAAGCAAUGACAGUUUAAAUUGUGCAAGAGAGAAAGGAAUGAGGAUAUUUAGUAUUUUCCACAAGCUGGAGUAUUUUGGGUUUGGUGGCUUUUUUUGCAAAGGGUUAUAAAUAUUCUUGGAGAAAUGAACUGUCUGGCUGUUGUUAAGUUUUCAUGUAAUUUUCCCUUGCCCUGCAUAAACUCAAAAGCCUAGAAAAAUGUCAAGUUUUACAUUAGAGUGUUAAAAAAAUUAAGCUAUGUUCAGACUUGGUAUGUACAGAAAACCUUUGGAGGCAGUAGGCAGACACUUGCUCCUGUAAUAUAGUUUCACCUAUGCAGGUUUUACCAGGUAUCCUUGUACAUUUAAGCCAAAAGGUAUCCAAGCAUAUAGCUUAUAUAGUGUUGUCAUAAUUGACUCGUGAGUGGAAAUUAAGAUGCACUUAUUCCCUGAAAGAUAACUUCCAGUCUAUGAGAAAGUAGCUCGAGAAACUCACUAAGAAGCAUUGACAGCAAGGUGCACAGUGCAUUUUGAUAAUACACAGGAGAAAGUAGUAAGCUAAACUUGAUAGGCAAUACUAGAUCAUAGACUAUAUACAAAUAUGCUGAUGUAUAUAUAAAAAGUUUUCUUGGCUAAAAGUAUCUCACACCAUGUAAAGUGUAUUCAGCUGCUUCAAAUACAGGAAAGGAUGUUGAGAGGAAAGGAUAAAGUUGCUCUGCUUUCAUCUUCACUGCCUUAAGGGAGGUCCAUGCUUGCAGGGCUCUGUGGGGAGGGGCAUGAACACAAAUUAUUUCUAUGUUGCUUUCUUGAAAUUACACUUUACAAAAGAAAAGCUGAAUAAAAAUACAUCUCCAGAAGUUAAAUGUGAUCAUAACUAAAAACUGCAUUUUUAGUUACUUUUAAAAGCAAAACAUAGAAAUGUUUGUCACACUUAAGCCAACAGAAAAUAAUUUGGUCAAAAUUAAGUCAGAACAGAACUGAACAAAUGUAUUCACAACACAUCUCUGAACGUUUGCACCACGGCACACACAUCACUCCGGGAUUUUGAUACCUAUCUGUGCAUGUUGUACUGCAAACACUGAGACAAGUUGUGAAUAUGUUCAAUUACAUUUUAUUAUGUCCCUGCCCUGGGUGGUAUCACACCAGCUGCCAUGGGAGUCUCCCUGUCCAUGGGGACAAAUUGAUGCUGUGACAGGAGGAAGACUGGUGACUGACUCCAAAUGAGUACCCCAGGAGAUGACCAGGAUGGUGCAAGUGAGGCCAUGAUCUCAAUGGCAGGGAGCUGCACAGAAGGAAGGCUGGCAGAAGCUGAUUAUUUCAAUAAGCAAAAAAAAACCUAAUGAGAAAAUAAAGUUACACUUUCUACGAUAAGCAAAACUAGUGCAAUGCCUUAGUGCUGUUUCAACUUGUUUUAGACAAUGAUGGGCGGGGGAAACUCAAAACCCUUUCUACUUGCAUGAUUGUCAUAGUGAGGUCUUGAAAUGAUGAUUGCUUUAGAGCUGCUUCCAAGUUUCAGUAUACAAUUAUUGUAGGUAGGCUUGUUUAGUUUUCACUUUGGAAGAGCAACUCUUGAAUGUUUAUAGCAGGUUUAGGGUUUUUUCCAAAACCAAAAAUCCAUAGCCCUACAGCUGGAGACAUUCCUUCAGCUGGCUCUUCCUAUUACACGUUGUUGAAAAGGGCAGCUUCUGUUUUCUCAUUUGAAUUUCUUAAGAAAAAUGUUGGCAGCCCAGCAAAAUUGUUCUGACUUGAGCCAAAUACAUGCCGGAAGGGGGCAGCAAGAGGACCAUGCACACUGCAUGGAGCAAUGGGAGCGCAGGAGUACCUGUGAUAGCUGGCAUGGUAAGAAAUCCAUUCUCAACAAGGCUUCUCUCCCUGGCCUCUCAAAGUCACAGGAGUGGGGCGUGAACCUCACAUUCAUUCCCUGUCUGGGGCACCGCAGGGAGGAAGAUCACUCUGCGAUGGGGCAAAUAUGGGGCUUGGUGUCUGCCAUGGUCUGACCCAACCACUGCUUUCUCUGCAGCCCAUACUGCGAGCAGCAGUUGUGGCCACACAAUUGGCAGGGAUCUCUGUGGCACACAGAUGUGGAAAAAAAGGAUAAAAAUACAUGUUACAUCUAUCUCUGUCAGAAAGCCAAGUAACUCUAGCAUAUUAAAAUGGGGAGCAGCUGGCUUUGUGCAACUUGGAAUAUGUUACUCUAGUUCUAAAAGUAUCUUAGAAUCAUAGAAUGAUAGUGGUUGGAAGGGACCUUUAGAGAUCUAGUCCAACCCCCAUGCAGAAGCAGGUCAACCUAGAUCAGGUUGCAUAGCAAUGUGUCAAGGCAGGUCUUGAAGACCUCCAGGGAAGGAGACUCCACACCCUCCCUGGGCAGCCUGUGCCACUGCUCCGUAACCUGAACAGUAAAACAGUUUUUUCUUAUAUUUAAGUGGAACUUUUUGUGUUCCAGCUUCAUCCCAUUACCCCUUGUCCUGUUGCUAGCUACUGUAGAAAAAAGGGAUGUCCCAACCUCCUGACACCCACCCUUUAGAUAUUUGUAAAUAUUAAUGAGAUCCCCCCUCAGUCUCCUCUUCUCCAGACUAAACAGCCCCAGUUCCCGCAGCCUGUCCUCAUACGAAAGAUGUUCCAGUCCCCUGAUCCAUCUUGGUGGCCCUGCGCUGGACUCUCUCCCAGAAGUUCUCUGUCCCUCUUGCACUGGGGAGCCCAGAACUGGACGCAGGACUCCAGAUGAGGCCUCACCAGGGCAGAGUAGAGGUGAAGAACCUGCCUUGACCUGCUGGCCACACUCUUCUUGAUGCAUCCCAGGAUGCCAUUGGCCGCCUUGGCCACGAGGGCACAUUGCUGGCUCAUGUUCAGUUUAUUAUCAAUCAGGACUCCCAGGUCUCUCUCUGCAAAACUGCUGUCCAGCAGGUCAAUCUGCAGCCUGUACUAGUGCAUGGGGUUUUUCCUUCCCAGGUGCAGGACUCUGCACUUGUCUUUGUGUGUAUAACUAAUACUAGUGGUUGUCCAUAUCAGCCAAACUUGUAGAACCAGAAAAAACGGUUAAAAAACUUAAAAAUUCUGAGUAGUCCAAGGUAAAGCUUUCAAAGUAUAUCAAAGACACUACCUUUUAUAAAACAGUAUCCCUCUGUAGGAUUCACUCCUGUUAAAACUGAACUUACAGCUACUUAAUAUAAUAAUGUAUGAGGUAAUAAAACAAAUGCAUACAUUCACAGGAUAAAAGGGAUCAUUCAAAUUUUAACUGAGAUUUCUUCGUAUCAGCUAUUGAGAAUGUAGAAAAUGUAAAUAAAUUAGUGUCUUCCUUGUAAAAAGAACUUUUCCCCUUAAAAUUCAUGGGGUGUACACAAGGCAGAUUCUGCUUUGGAACAAGGGUAGAAAUUUGAGUAUACUCUGGAUGUCCACAGGUGCAGUCUUCUAGUUGUCUUAUUUCCUCUGAACCUACUUAGUAAUAACUAUAUCAUUAAGGACAGCUUUUUUUGACAUCAUUUGUGUGUCAGUAUGUAAAGUUGCCCCUGAGGCAGAAACAUUAAUCUAGAUUGUUUUCCUAGGGUUCUGUUGUCUUUAACUUCUCAGGGCUGCAUUUAGGCUCUGUAUUGGAAAAAAAUAAAAUAUAUUCUUCCACCAGGAAAAAAGUCAACUGGACAGGAGCCAACAUAGAGAUCUGUAAAGUGAAUGGCAUGGGGAGGGUAGCAAAAGAAUAAAUUCCUCAGCAUUCUUUUGAUACAAGAACUCAAGGGAAUCAUGGAAGUGUAAGUAACAGGUUUGAAACAAGUCACAGUAUCUAUUCAGGUGACGUAGAACUUGUUGCUGCAGGAUGCUGUGUAUAAAACUACAUAGAUUUUAAAAGUGACUGAAAAAAUGCUGAAAGGAAAAUAAUCACCCUAUUCUUUCUGAAAGCCACUGAACCAUAAACUGUUAGAGACUCUGAAAGCUGGUGUGACUGACUGCAUGCUUAUCCUUUUCUUUAGGUUAUCUUAAGCACCAGUGCUUCAUCACUGGUGGCCAGUGGCUGUGAGUGUUCUGAUGCAAGGUUUUCUU